AUGAAGAAUCGUCUGCGAAGACUGCUUCGCUGCUGCUUAUUUGCGUCCUGCGCCGAGGAUUGUGAGAGUGCUGAAGAUGACGCGAUUGUGCUUAAAAACCGGCUUCUAGAGGCAAAAUACCUUGCCUAUCUUUUUCAGUGCUGCACACCGCAGGAACCUGUGAUUCCGCCUCCAAUGUGGCGCAAGUGUUAUGGCAAAUGGGUGUCGCUUGGACCAAAAGGAGCCGAGGCUCUCAGUGAACUGCUUAUGAAUCAGCUGAAUGGAAAAAUUGCCGUGGAUGGCGCUCGAAGGACGCUGACGCUGGAUCUGCACAAACUGCGUAUUGGGGAUGACGGUGUGCGGGCGUUUGCCCCAUUCAUUGCCCGUGAGAGUCGGCUUGUGGCUCUCGUGCUGUCCGGUAACGGCAUCACAGACGAGGGUGUCAACGUACUUUUGGAGGCGCUUCGGGUGAGCUCUCCGCCCAUGCGGCGGCUCUCGCUUAUUGACAAUUUCCUGUCAGCCGGCGGCGUACGCAGUGUGUGCAAAUUCUUUGCCACUUCCUCACUUCCCCUGACUGAAUUGGCGGUUGGUCGAGGCGUAGAAGCCAAAGGGGCAUGCCAGUCGCUCGUUCAUGACAAAGUGACGCAAACCAUGAAUGCAGACUCUAUUGAGCUGCUUCUUUCAAGUCGUGGGAACACAUUGCUGUCGUUCACAUACGGUGGCUUCAAGGCGAAGGACUUUUCUGCAGAAGAACUUCUUUUUAUUCUUCGAAUGGCGCUCUGUAAAACCAAACUGCGGCACCUCGCUCUCCAUGACUGCUACAGCACAAUUCCUUGCAGUUCGACGGGUGGAGAGUCGCCGCACUCCCUGGCGGCACCGCUUCGGCUAGCCGCGGAAGCCUUGUGUUCACCGACGGCGCAACUACAAAGUCUCCACCUGCAAAUUCCCCUAAGCGAAGAGGCAGUCACGGCUUUAGCAGUUGGAAUUUCGGGUGCGACUGUUUUGACUAAGCUCAAUCUACGCGGGUGCAACAUGAGUGCGGAAAGUCUUUGUAUUAUUGGUAAAGCCUUAGCAAAUAACCGUACACUUUUGUCUCUGGAUUUGUCACACCAAAGCGAGGCGGUGACGCACCCCCUCUGUGCCCACCACUGGAUGCGUCGGCUGCGCACUGGCGAGGUGAGCUCCAACGGCCUCCGCUCCCGUCGUCCACUGCUACCCAUUUUUGAGGCUUUGCAUUGUAACAGAACUCUACAGGAAUUGAUUGUGCUCGGCGUUGACGUCGAUAACAGUGAUGUGGAGGAGUUGUGUGCCUGCGUGGAGCGCAGCGGGAACCGCGCCAUCCGCCGUGUGCAGCACACCGGUGUGAGUUCGCAGACUCUUGCCAUUAAGUUGGAGGGUCUUUUGGGGUACAACCGCAGCCAGAGCCGCAACGAUGCGCUUGCAGGAGAAGGCACCAUUAAAUACAGAGACCCGACAGAAUUAAAGCCCUCGUCGAAGGACAAGUUUGCGCAACGCAAGCCGGAAGCGCAGCCGGAGCUGAAGGCUACAGCCUGUGCAAGGUUGACGAGCAUUUGCAGGAAACCAGCUCCCCCCUGUGUGUCGAGUAGCUCGCAAAUACGUGACAACGUUAAGAACGGAAAUAACAGAAUCGAGAAUAAAAAUAGCUGUGUCCUCACUCCUAUGGGAACAAUUGCAGCUGUUGCGGUUUCAAGUAGCUUCAGUGAUUCUAACGUUGCUCUUGCCGCUCCGUUAUCCGAAAUCUAUUCCCCGUGUGGGAGUGGUCGCCGGACGAAGUGA